AUGACUGGCUAUCGAAAAGUGUUCAGUUCUAUAUCAGUUUUACCCGUCGGCGAUAACUCUGCAGACACAAUUAUAAAUAGCAUAAGCAGCUCCUCAAGCGGACCUGAGCUUUCUGAGUCUCCCUCUGCGAAUGCCAAAAUGAGGGCCAUUAGGAAAGAAAAAAAGUCGAUCCAAAUGUCUGUCUUGGCCCCCAUUGAGCCACACCAAGAUAAGCAAGAAGAUAAUAACAACAGGGUCAUGGGUAGCACCAAUCAACACAUAUCAGAAAUCAGUACUUCUCAGGAAAUAACUAAUGUCGAAGCUCCCUCUUGGGAGCCAAAAAUUCAAAAGGCGGGCAGAAAAAGAAGGGUCGUGGACAGCGACGACGAAACUCCAAGGCAUCAGCAUUUUGCUCCCAACGAGGUACAGUGUAUGGGAACUGCAUCACAACCUGACUCAACGGCCCCGACUACAGACGAGUUCAGCCUUGAUCCCAUCAUCACUUCAUCAUUUAUUGAAGGAGACUUGGAAACUGCUAAGAGAAGCCAGUCUCCAAGAUGUGAGCCAGGAAACUCGACGAUUCAAAACGAAGAGGACACAACACUUGUCAGCAACAAUAGUUCAAAGCUAGCCGAUCAAAACCAGAUGACCGGCACACUCUCUUCAUUUCUCACUCGAUUGCAACAGAUGGAAGCAUUCAUCAAAAAACGACAGAAGCAUAUGCGUCAAGAAUUGGAGGCAAGUGAGGUAGAUAGAAAACAGAUUAUCGAUAUCAUCAGCCAAACCCAAGAAAUUUUGAGCAGUUUGAUGCCUGAUAAAGCACAAAUUAAGGCGCAGCAGAAAAAUAGCUCGAAUUGCAUGCAUCUCGGACCCUGA